ACUAGAAUAUAUAUUAUUUUCAUUCCACAACACAACAAUCUUCCUUCAACUCACAAAUCAAUGGAAUUCGUUAAUCCUCUCCAGUUUUUGAAAGAUAAGACUAUUUUAGUCACUGGUGCCACUGGCUUUCUAGGAAAAGUUUUUGUGGAGAAGAUCCUGAGGAUUCAACCAAAUGUAAAAAAAUUGUAUCUUCUUGUGAGAGCAGCAGAUGCAAAGUCUGCAAUGAAACGAAUUCUUGAUGAGGUUGAGAAGGACUUGUUUAAUGUGCUGAGGGAUAAACUCGGUGCCAAUUUCAAGUCCUUUGUAUUGGAAAAGGUGGUAGCAGUAGUUGGAGAUGUUUCUGAAUUGAACUUGGGAGUAAAAGAUUCUAAACUAAUGGAAGAAAUGUACAAGGAAAUAGACUUAGUAGUAAAUUCCGCUGCAACAACGAACUUUGAUGAAAGAUAUGACUUCGCUUUCAACAUCAAUACAAUGGGAUCUCUCAACAUUAUGAGUUUUGCAAAGAACUGCAUUAAAAUAAAUAUGGUUCUCCAUGUAUCAACAGCAUAUGUUUGCGGUGAAGGAUCAGGGCUCAUACCAGAAAAGCCAUUCUACAAUGGUGAAACUCUGAAAUGCUCAUGCAGAUUGGAAAUCACUGAAGAAAAGAAAUUGAUAGACGAAAAAUUAAAUCAACUUCAAGCCCAAGGUGCUGCCAAAAAUGAACUCACCUCAACCAUGAAGGAAUUAGGCAUCCAGAGGGCAAGAUUUUAUGGGUGGCCAAAUACAUAUGCGUUUACAAAGGCAAUGGGAGAGAUGAUUUUAGGAAAGUAUAGAGGUAAUUUGCCUCUUGUCAUCGUCCGCCCCACCAUAAUAACCAGUACAUUUGCAGAACCCUUUCCUGGUUGGAUCGAAGGUUUGAGAACAAUUGACGGGCCAAUUGCUGGUUAUGGUAAAGGGAGAUUGACAUUCUUGCUCGCAAAUCCUAAGGCCAUCUGUGAUAUGAUGCCAGUGGACAUGGUGGUGAAUUCAAUGAUCAUGGCUAUGACGGCAAAUACACGACAGUCUUCUCAGAUGAUUUAUCAAGUUGGCUCAUCUAUGAGAAACCCCAUAAAGUUUACAAAUGUUCACAAGUUUGCGAGACAAUAUUUUGUUGAAAAUCCAUUGAUUGACAAAGCUGGGAAGCCAAUUAGAGUUUCCAAGUGUACAUUUUUUAAAACAUGGGCUAGUUUCUACACAUACAUGCGUAUUAGAUAUGUGAUGCCACUAAAGGUACUGAAGUUGAUUUCAGUUUUCGACAAAAAAUAUAAGGAUGUUUGUAUUGGUCAUGGAAAGAAAAUCAAAUUUGCUAUGCGGUUGGUGGACCUUUACAAACCCUACAUGUUCUUCAAGGGAAUCUUUGAUGACACAAACUCACAAAAGUUGCGAAUGGAGGUAGGAAAGAGUGGGCUAGUUGAUGCAUUUAACUUUGAUCCAAAGAGUAUUGAUUGGGAAGACUACAUUAUCAAUACUCACAUUGUUGGACUUGUAAAAUAUGUUCUCAAAGGGUAAUUGAUAUAAAUGUCGCGAACUUUUUGUAAUUUGUUUCUAUAUUAUAUGUUUUACAUUUUGUAUUAAAUAAAUAUCAAAUGAUCAUAUUAUAUGUAGCUAUAAAUGAUCAUUUGAUGAUAUGUGAUU